UUUCAAUUCUGAAUAUUAACACAGCUUGCCACAACUUAUCAGAAGAAGGAACCAUUCAUUUGCCACCAACAUAAUGAUAAUCAUCUCCAGGUUGAGCUGCACUGAUAAAAAUUGUCCUUGGUUCAGCUGGAACUCUACUUUAGUGGAGAAGAUGUCACCGAUCUGGUAGAGUUUAAUAGUCCAAGGAAUGAGAUGGAAGCUUUGAAUUCAAUUCUCACAGCAAUUGCGAAGUUGGGUGGAGAACAUUCUGCAGCAACUGCAUUGCAAGAAUUACGAGUUGCAACUGUCAAUUUGAUCUCUGAGGUGGCAAAGAACUUCAAAGAGGAGAGAAAAGUUGUUACUGUAUCUAGCUGCGAGCAAGAGAAAUGUUUACAACAAUGGGGUGAGGACGAAGGUGUGAAGUCACAAUUAGAGAUAUCUUAUUUUGAGGGAGCGGGAAGGGGAGCCGUUGCAAGACAAGACAUGAGAAUUGGAGAUAUAGCCAUGGAGAUCCCUUUAUCCAUUGUCAUUUCAGAGAAUCUUGUGCAUGCGUCUCAGAUGGAGAUAAUCUUUCGAACUUAUUUAAGAAUGCGAGUGUCUUGACCGAUGGUUCGUAUAGAUUGAGCAUGGCCAUAGAUUCACUAGUCAGAUUAAGAUCGAUGAAGAAAAUUUGAGAUGGGUAUGCGAACAAAUGCAGCAAGCUUCAUGGGGCUAGGGAAAUCUUUACAGAAUAUGGGGGAGGAAGAUUCAAGCAUACAUCUACAGAGUUUAUCAAAAUUACAACAUUCAUAGCAGAUAUCUCAGAAUCGAAACAUGGGUUGGGGACAGGGAAAAAGCAAUCAUCAUUCCAGAUGUUGAUUACAACAGGGGAUGGGGUGACAUAGCAGGAAAGAUAUUACAUUUUUGGGGGAAGCCUCUAACUACAAGUACAAGGAAAUUGCAGACUUGCAAAAAAGAUCCUUCUUGACUGCUGCAGCAAUCACAAAAUGGCCCACACAGCUAGAGGAAAGAAAAACCUCCUGUAAAGCAACUGUAGAGAGCUCUCAAUUUCUAGCGAAAUGCUUGGUUGGCUGUUUCAACGAUCCUUUCCGCUCCAGCCCCAAUCCUGAAGUCAUCCAGAAAUGGUUCCUUUCAAGAUGGCAGGUGACGACAAGCCUCAGAAUCACUCAUUUAGCACACAACAAAUUCCUCUUUGAGCUCCCAUCCAGACAAGAAGCAGCCAGAAUUAAAGCAGGGGAUUGGUAUUGGAAUGGUAGGCACCUAUCUUUGGUGUGGUGGUCACUGGAGACUGGGUCAUCUCCGGCAAAAAUGAAGCUGGUCAUAAAUGGGUGAAGGCAUUUGGUAUUCCAUUACAUGGAUGGACAAG